GUAAGCUGAAUUCUCCGGCACACCUUUAGACCUUGCAGACCAGAGAAGACAUCAUUGUGAUUAACGAGGGUGACUGUAAACCGCGCUGAAUCGAUAUUGGACUUUUUUUUAUUUUUGGGGAAAAAAACAACAACAUGCUGUCAAGAUGGAUCCUAGUUCCACUUCUGUGCGCAGGAUGGAGUUUAAUGAUCAUGAUGGCGGAAGCAUUAGACCCAGCCUCGAUCAGCCUGGGUAUUGGAGCUGCUGUAACCGGAUUUCUAGCUCGGUUUCCAGAUGUGCUGUGUAACUAUCAGGAGUGUUGCAGACCAGAGUGGAUCUCCUACAACAAAACAGGUCUUGAAUCAGAUCUGCAGAGCAAGCUGUUUGGCCAGCAUGUAGCAUCUCGUGUCAUCCUCAAAGCUGUGACCGACUUUAUGAACAAUGAAAAUCCGAAAAAGCCCCUUGUCCUCUCGCUGCAUGGCUGGAGCGGCACAGGCAAAAACUUUGUCAGUCAGAUAAUCGCCGAAAACAUUUACCAGCGUGGAAUGAAGAGCAGAUUUGUGCACUUGUUCUCCAACACUAUACACUUCCCACAUGAAGCUGAGCUGAAAUUGUACAAGUCCCAACUGCAGCAGUGGAUAAAGGGCAAUGUGUCUGCCUGCCCACGCUCCAUGUUCAUAUUCGAUGUGAUGGAUAAGAUGCACCCGGGCCUGAUCGACAGCAUCAAACCCUACUUAGAUGUUCAUGAAACUCUAAAUGGAGUCUCCUACCGCAAGGCCAUCUUUAUCUUUCUAAGUAAUGCCGGCGGUAAAGAAAUCAUGGAGGUGAUGCUGGAUUUUUGGAAAAUAGGAUGGGAUCGAGAAAAGAUUGAGCUGAGACAUUUGAAGAAAGCCCUGGCACUAACUAUUUUUAACAACAAGAACAGUGGGUUUUGGCACACAAGCCUAAUAGACGAGAACUUGGUGGACUUCAUUGUGCCCUUUCUCCCCCUGGAGCUCAAACACGUUGUGCAGUGCGGCCGAGCCGACAUGAUCAGCAGGGGCCUGAAACCCAACGAAGAGGCUUUGGAGCAAAUGGCACGUGACAUGACAGAUUUCCCUCAUGACGAGCGUGUCUUUGCAGAGCGGGGCUGCAAGGUUAUCUCCAGCAGGCUGAACUACUACAUUUAAAAAAGACGGAGAGACUCAAUGCUGUGUGUGCUGUCCCUGAAGAAGUGCAGUGGGUUCGGAGGGAACCGUAUCUGCCGUAUCCAAGCAGGAAGUCCACCUGAUCACUACUCUGAUGUCCAUCACAUGUUGAAGAAGGGAACAGGGUUUUUUAAUUGAUUGAACGGUUUAUGAUAUUUCUGUUUUUAACAUGAAUCACUGAUAAAUGAUGCAGGCUUGAGUCCUUGCUUUUUAAGGAGAUUCAAGUCUCAUUAUUAAUCUGGUGGCGACAUGAAUGUGUUGAAUCUUAAAUGGUCAUUUUUUAUGACCGUAUGUUGUGCAUUGUCAUGCACUAGUAAUAAACAAAAUACUUGCAUCCCUGAAGGUGUGCUGUGGUGUCUGGCACCAAGAUUUUAGCAGCAAGUCCUGUAAGUUGCAAGGUGGGGUGUCCAUGGAUCUGACUUGUUUAUUCAGCACAUCCCACCAUUUUUGCUUUGUGGCACAGUGCAUUAUCCUGCUGAAAGAGGCCACAGCCAUCAGGGAAUACUGUUUCCAUAAACGGGUGUUCAUGGUCUGCAACAACGCUUAGGUAGGUGGUACAUGUCAAAGUAACAUCCACAUGGAUGGCAGGACCGAAGGUUUCCCAGCAGAACAUUGACCAAAGCAUAACACUGCCUGCCUGCUUAGCUCUGAAAAGAUGAUAAAAUACUAUUAGUGACCUAUAAAGCACUGAAUGGUCUCGUACCUGAACAAUCUUUUGGUUUUUCUGAUCCUCCACACCUUCUUUGAUCAAAAGGUGCAGGCUAUUUGGUAGUACCUUAAAUAGUAAAGUAAAGGCUACAGUAGAAGGCUUUUUCUUACUACACUGUAAAAAAUGUACAUGAAAAUUACAGUAAAAAACUGUGAAAUAGCAACAGUAAAAGACUGUAAAGUCAAAAAUCGUAUAUCACCAAAGUACAUUAAAUUACAAGUACAUCAAAU